AUGCAAACAAACACCUUGCUCCAGUUGGCUUUAUGCCUUCUCACCAUCAAUGUCAAUCCUGCACUGGCAUUCUGGCGUCUACCAUGUCAGAAUCCAAUUGUGGUGGAGAGAUCUGACCCAGUUGUCUCUCCAGGUAGUGUCUCUGGUCAUGUUCAUACCAUCAUGGGUGGUAAUGGCUUCGGUUUCACUAUGAAUUAUGCUUCUACCCAAGCAUCAACUUGCACUUCCUGUACUGUCACGAAGGAUCUUUCCAAUUAUUGGACUCCAACUUUGUAUUACAGAUCUCAAAAUGGCAGUUUCAUCUCUGUCGGCCAAAAUGGUGGUGUUACAGUUUACUACUUGCAGCGAAGUGAUCCAUUAGAUCCCGAGUACUCCAAAGGCUUGCUGGCUUUUCCCGAAGGCUUCCGCAUGCUUGCAGGAAAUCCAUUGCUCCGAUCAUACAACGCAAGCUCUUUAGAGCAACAAGCAGUCACUUAUGUCUGUCUCGGUACUGACAAGCCUCAAACAAAUGGAUUCCCAAAUUACCCAUGCCCAUACGGUCUCCGAACACAAAUCUUUUUCCCAUCAUGCUGGGAUGGGAAGAAUUUGGAUUCUCCUGAUCAUAAGUCCCACAUGGCCUAUCCUAGUCUUUCUGAUAGUGGACAUUGUCCUUCCACUCAUCCAAAGCGUUUAGUCUCUAUUUUCUAUGAGAUUAUCUGGAAUACUCCUGAUUUUGCUGAUAAAUGGUAUGGUAAUUCGCAACCAUUCGUCUGGUCUAUGGGAGACCCAACUGGCUAUGGAUUCCACGGUGACUUUGUCAAUGGCUGGGAUGUACCAACUUUACAAAAAGCUGUCAAUGAAUGCACCGAUGAAAGUGGAGUCAUAGAAAAAUGUCCCGUCUUCAAACUCACAACCAACGAGGUAGCAAAUGGUUGCCGAAUUCCUCCAUCAGUUCAUGAACAAAUUUCGGGUGUUUUGCCUAAGCUUCCUGGUUGCAAUGAAGUUCAAAGCGGUCCUGGAAAUGCCAGUCCACAAAGCGGAUGCGGUGCUACCACCACGAUUGGUACACCAAUGUGGCCUUAUACUGAUGUUACGAAAUCGAAGAGUUUCGCAUAUAUGGGAUGUGGCUUUGAUACGCCAGGUCAACCUCGAACCCUCCAAGGAGAUUCACUUCAAGAUAUUACAGGCAUGACGAUUGAAAAAUGUAUCGAUUACUGCAACAGCAAAGGUUUUAGUAUCGCCGGUUUGGAAUAUUCUACCCAGUGCUUCUGCGAUAAUAAAAUGCUUGCUGGUAGAGAUCCGGUUCCUGGUCUUAUGGGAGGCUGUACAAUGCCUUGCUCUGGCAACGAUAAACAAAUUUGUGGAGACGCUGGUUUACUUUCACUUUAUAAGAAGUGUCCAAAUUCCAAUAAUUGCGCCAAUAUUCAAUAUCCAGUCAAUACUGGACCCAAGAAGCGCAAGUCUGAAGAAAGACGCGAGAGACGUCAAAAACGCGAUAGCGACCUCAACCAAAGCAUCUAG